UUUUUUCUGACUGAAACGGAUUAAAAAAAAAUAAAACUCGUGUGUUUUAGAUUUGAUAUCUCAAGUACAAAUAUGAAUCACCAUGGCGACAGAUAAACUGAAGCGGGAAUGUGACCACUUAGUUCCCACGAAAAAGCCCAAAAGGAAUACAAACUAAGAUAUUUUAUGCGAAGACCUCAAAUACAGACAGCAAAUUAUAGUUUUAGAGAUGACUUGGUUUACACGACACUUUUAACAAUUGUCUCAGCAAAUUCUAAAGUCAAUCAACAUGACACCUGUCAUCAACAUGACACCUCUCAUCAACAUGUCCGCCACAGCACUGAUCUACCUCCAAGACAACCUCUCGGAGGUCUUCAACCAGACCUCAGCAGACGACACCAUCAAAAACCGGACCAUCCUGGCAUCGGGUCUCAUGUUCUCCGCGGGGGUGGCCGGCAACGUUUUGGCCCUGGCCCUGAUGGCCACCUCCCCACCGGAACAAAAACGCACGGUCUUCUACAAACUUAUGGCCGGGCUGGCCUUCACGGACCUCGUCGGCACAUGCGCCACCUCCCCCGUCGUCAUCACCAUCUACGCCACGGGAACCAAACUAGAAAGCGACAUGCCUUUAUGCCAUUACUUCUCCUUCAUGCUAAUCUUCGCCGGAUUCGCCACCAUGUUUUUAGUCUGCGCCAUGGCGAUCGAACGAUACAUCUGUCUAUGUCAUCCAUACGCCUACCACUGCAAACUCCCGAAAUCUUUCGCCAAAUACGCGAUUCUAAUCAGCUGGUUGGUGUCGAUACUCAUUGCUGUGUUGCCGUUACUCGGAUUAGGACACAACACGGUACAGUUUCCGAAAACCUGGUGUUUUUUUAACUCCACAAGCCGUGAGCCUAAAGACAUGGCGUUUAACUUUAUGUACGCUAUUAUAUCCCUCAUCGCCAUUAUCGCCACCUUCAUCUGCAACAUUGCUGUUAUCGUGACGGUGAUGGCGUUGAAGAAGCGACAGAACGCGCUGAGUGCCACCCACGGGAUUAAGCGGUACAGAAGUCUGGCACAGAGGUUUGCGGAGCUGCACAUGGUGAUCAUGUUGAUUGGGGUGACGGUGGUAUUCACAGCCUGCUUUAUGCCGCUCAUGGUUUUUACCAUCAUCUGUCAGACAGACGUCAUACGCUACAUAAACGUGAGCAGCUACUACCUGCUCAUGACCAGGCUGGCCUCGUUCAACCCCAUCCUUGACCCCUGGGUCUACCUGCUGGUCAGGAGGGAGCUGCGAUGGCGGGUCAUCUGCAUCAUCCGAAAACUGUUCGGGUUCCGCGAUCACAGCGUGGUGGCGUCCCCUGCCCAGCCGACCCUAAGUCCCACAGAGGAGAUGGCCUGCUGGUCAUUCUGCGUCCACUGCCUGUGUGACCCGCCGGUUCUCAGGUCAUCGGUUUAUCUUCCAAGGAUGAGUACAAUGUGGGGCGACCAGGGCAGCCGGUCGCCGUCCAUGAUUCACCGGAUACCCUCGACCGAAUCGUGCAUUUCCGUGGAGAAAAAUAUCAUCUGCCAGCCGUCACCGUCGGAGGAACUGCUGCUUCGGAAAUUCGCGCAUGCGCGCUAUGAUCGUGGCAGUACGGAUUUGACCGCGACCCUCAAGUGAGAAAAACAGAUGAUGCGGGAUUACUCAACCAUACGGAAACUAAUUUUAGUACAUUUCCUGUCAUGUGAUUUACAGGGACCAAUCGAAGGGAUAAAAUCACUUGUUACUAUUUUUAGACAAACUUUCAACUGUUGUAAACAACGGUUCUUAAAACAUGAAUCCAUAGAAUACUGAUUAACUAUUUUGAGUAUAUAUAGAUCUACAUUAUGACUGCAUAGCUAUGUUGCUUUAAUAAGCUUGCCUAUUUUUCUAUUCGUAUGUGACCCUUAACGAUCAACAUAUGCCCAUAAUUAAUUAUUUAUCUUGUGUUU